AUGCGCGAGCGGCGGCCCGGGGAAAGCUCCUCCAGCCGUGGCGGCUACGACAAGCGCCGUGGCAAGGCCCCGCAGAAGAAGAAGAAGGAUGGCGACAACGCGUGUCCGAUCGAGAACAAAGCCAUGGUCCAGCGCUCCCAGAAUCGCCUCUACCUCCUCGACUUGAAAGUGGAGCAGCCGGUGUGCUUGGCUGUACGACACAUCGAGGAGCCAUGGCUAUGGCAUGUUCGGUUCGGCCAUUUGAGCUUCGACGUACUCGGUCGGCUGAGGAAGAUGGUGCGCGGGCUCCCGCACAUCGAGCAUGCAGGCGAUCUGUUCAACAGCUGCCUGACAGGGAAGCAGAGGCGGCUGCCUUUCCCAAAGGCGACCAAGUAUCGUGCGGCGAACGUCCUCGAGCUCGUCCACGGCGACCUCUGCGGGCCGAUCACGCCGGCUAUGCAUGGCGGACGACGCUACUUCCUGCUGCUCGUGGACGACUGUAGCCGUUUCAUGUGGCUGCAGCUCCUGACGAGUAAGGAUCGGGCGGCGGAGGCAAUCAAGCGGUUCCAGGCGCGGGCUGAGGCAGAGUCCGGGAAGGGUGGUGCGCCAUCACACUGCGCCGUACUCACCGCAACAGAACGGCAUAGUAGAGCGGCGGAAUCAGACCGUAGUGGGCAUGGCACAAAGUAUGAUGAAGGCAAAGGGCAUGCUAGCAGAGUUCUGGGGAGAGGCUGUGAGAACGAAGAUAUUCAUCCUCAACCGUGCGCCGACGAAGGCCCUGAAGGCAUGACACCAUUCGAAGCUUGGCAUAGUAGGCAGCCCGACGUCUCGUUUCCAAGGACAUUUGGGUGCAUUGGUCAUGUGAAAAAGCCGAAGCCCUUCCUGUCCAAGCUUGAGGAUAGGAACACACCGAUGGUGUUCCUAGGCUACGAGGAGGAGAGCAAGGGCUAUCGGCUCUACGAUCCGCGUGGAGGCAAGGUGGUGGUCUCGCGGGAUGUGGUGUUCGACGAAAUGGCGGCCUGGGGUUGGGAAAAUCCUGGCACGAGGGAAGCCCGUGGCAUCAGCGGUACGUUCGUCAUCGAGCAUUUGGUGAUCCACGGAGGAGGAGAUGCGGGAGCAGAGGAGCCAGCUGCGGACGCGCCAAGUCCAGCAGCUGUGGCGACGUCGGUUGAGCCGCAAAGUCCGGCCAUGGCGGCACGGGCGAAGAGUCUCCACCAGCGGCUGCGCACACGCCCCCACCAAAGUCCCCUGCUGCGGCAGGACACGGAACACCUCCAGCGACAACAGUUGAGUUCACCUCUCCUCCAAGCGACAUCGACGAGCUUGGCAAGCCGAUUACUCGACGAUCAGGAGCUGCUCUUCGUCAGCGCAGAGGAGCCAUUUUUGCGCAGGCCGAGCGCGAUGUCAGUUGGAGACGAGCUAUGCUAG